UAGGCACACGGCAGAAAAUAUAUCAAAGUGCUUAAAAGAUUGUGUACAAAAUUUUAAUUUAGAAGAUAAAAUCAUUUGUUGUGUUACUGAUAAUGCAGCUAACGAAGUUGCCGCCAUUCGACUUUGUAAUUGGUGCCAUUUAUCGUGUUUCGUACACUCGUUAAAUCUUGUAAUACAGCAGAGCCUGAAAGAGAUUUCAAAUGUAACAGUAAAAGUUAAAUCUAUAGUUGAAUACUUCAAACGAAGUUCUUAUGCUCUUUCAAAAUUACAAUCAAUGCAGGAACAGAUGAAGUUACCCAAAUUGAAACUUAAGCAGGAUGUCAUAACUCGAUGGAAUUCCACAUACGACAUGCUGAAUAGAAUUCUACAAAUCAAAGAUUCCGUGGUUUCCACAAUAGCAGUUUUACAAUGUGAUGUACCAUUGUUAACAAGUCAAGAAUGGAACAUUAUCGAAAAAAGCGUGGAGAUACUUAAGAUUUUUAAUGAUUUUACGAUAGAGAUGAGUGCAGAAAAAAACAUUACAAUAUCCAAAAUUAUUCCUCUCGUUAAUAUCAUGAAUAAAAAAAUUAGUGAUUACUAUUAUGAUGGACCAGCAUCAAUCGAAAUAACACAAAUGGUGAAGAGUUUAAAGGAUUUAUUGAGUCAUCGUUUCAAAUAUGCAGAAGAUAAUGAAUUAUUGUGUCAAGCUACUAUUCUUGACCCAAGAUUUAAAAACCAUGGAUUUUCUAACGAAACCAAAUUUUCUUCCGCUUAUGAAACACUAAAAUUGAAAGUUCGUGAUGUAAAGUUGAAUGAGCUUCAGUCUAUCAAUAAUGACAAUACACUGAUUGAGUCUCAUUCUCAAGCGACAAAUUUAAGUUUAUGGGAUGAUUUUGAUAGGAAAGUUAAACGUAUUUGA